AAAAGAGGCAGAAAUGAGAAGGGAGGGGACAGAGGACUCCUGAGCAGAGACCGCACCCAUGACCCAUGUGACCCUGGAAAGUGCUCCCGCCCGGGGAGGAGGCUCAGCACAGAGGAAGGAAGGACAGCAGAGCUGACAGUCACAGCAGCCCUGAUAACAGUGUUCCUGGAGCCCAAGCUCCCCUGCACAGAGGAGGACCGAGAAGACAGCAGAGACCAUGGGGCCCCUCUCAGCCUCUCCCUGCAGAGUGCAUGUCCCCUGGAAGGAACUCCUGCUCACAGCCUCACUUCUAACCUUCUGGAACCCGCCCACCAGUGCCCAAAUCACUAUUGAAGCCGUGCCAUCCAAUGCUGCAGAGGGGAAGGAGGUUCUUCUACUCACCCGCAAUCUGCCCCAGGAUACUACUGGCUUCAACUGGCACAAAGGGGGAAGCGUGGACAGCACCCGUCAAAUUACAGGAUAUGUAAUGGCAACUCAACUAACUACCCGAGGGCCCGCAUACAGCGGCCGAGAGACAGUAUACCCCAAUGCCUCCCUGCUGAUCCAGAACGUCACCCUGAGUGACACAGGAUUCUACACGCUACAAGUCAUAACAGCAAAUCUUGUGAAUACAGAAGCAACAGGCCAGUUCCGUGUAUACCCGGAGCUGCCCAAGCCCUCCAUCACCAGCAACAACUCCAACCCCGUGGAGGAUGAGGAUGCUGUGGCCUUAAUCUGUGCACCUGAGAUUCAGAACACAACCUACCUGUGGUGGGUGAACAAUCAGAGCCUCCCGGUGAGUCCCAGGCUGCAGCUGUCCAGUGACAACAGGACCCUCACUCUACUCAGCGUCACAAGGAAUGACGCAGGAACCUAUGAGUGUGAAAUACAGAACCCAGUGAGUGCAAACCGCAGUGAUGCAGUCACCCUGGAUGUCUGCUAUGGCCCAGAUGUCCCCACCAUUUCCCCCUCAAACUCCAAUUACCGUCCGGGGGAAAAUCUGAACCUCUCCUGCCACGCAGCCUCUAGCCCACCUGCACAGUACUCUUGGCUUAUCAAUGGGACGUUCCAGCAAUCCACACAAGUGCUCUUUAUCCCCAACAUCGCUGUGGGUCACAGCGGAUCCUAUAUGUGCCAUGCCCAUAACUCGGCCACUGGCCACAACCGCACCACAGUCAGGAUCAUCACAGUCUCUGGUAGUUCUCCUGGCCUCUCAGCUGGGACCACUGUCAGCAUCCUGAUUGGAGUGCUGGCCAGCGUGGUUCUGAUAUAGCAGCCCAGGUGUAUUUUCGGUACUUCAGGAAGACUGGCAGACAAUUGGUUUGAUUCUUCUUUAAAGCAUCUGCAAUCAGCCACCAUCCAAAACUGCUUCUUCAUCGAGGAUAUUUACAGAAAAGAUUCUGACAUGUACUCUUGAAUACAAUUUUCUAAUAGCAUUAAAAUCGUACCAUUGGACCACUUAAGAAUUUCCAAAAUUUUAACAAACUGAUAGCUUCAUGAAACUGCCAACCAAGAGCAAGCAGAGAAAAUAAUU